GCAACAAGUCUAGGUUCAACAGGAUCAUCAAGUUCUUUGGGGUAACCUAAAAUGGCCGAAAACGUUGGGGCUAGUGCUUCAAAUGAUGAUGGUGGCAUCAAAGAGCAAGACCGCUUACUUCCAAUCGCCAACGUUGGCCGGAUAAUGAAGCAAAUUUUACCUCCUAAUGCAAAAAUCUCAAAGGAAGCAAAGGAAACUAUGCAAGAAUGUGUUUCUGAGUUCAUUAGCUUUGUCACUAGUGAAGCAUCUGAGAAGUGCAGAAAAGAAAGGCGCAAGACUGUUAAUGGAGAUGAUAUUUGCUGGGCUUUGGCUACUCUAGGAUUUGAUGAGUAUGCAGUGCCACUAAGAAGAUACUUGCUCAAGUAUAGAGAGGUAGAAGGAGAUAAAGCAGCAAAUCAAGACAAGGUUAGUAACAACAACACUGAAGACAAGGAGGAACCAUCUUCAUAUGGAAGGAACCAGACAGAUAAUCAGGCUGUAGCUCCAGCUCCAUUGAAGUUCAGUAUGAUUGGAAGCAGUAACAAUCCCAAUCUGGGGCCAUUUAAUUGA